CUGUAGAAUACGUCAUUGCCAACAAAUAUAUAUUUUACCUCUGUCAUAAAAUUGUAAAAAACGCGGAUUUAGUAAAGAAAUAAGAUUUUAUGUGUGAAAACUUGUGAUAAUAAUUCAUUAGUUUUAAUAUACUUAUAAGAUUUUAAUAAGUUUGUAUUCGAAUUGAAGUGAUUUGCAAGUUCUUGUAUUCAUAAUGUUUAUCUGGGACUGGUUUACGGGUGUACUAGGAUUCUUGGGUCUAUAUAAGAAGUCUGGCAAGCUUUUGUUCUUGGGCUUAGACAAUGCUGGAAAAACCACUCUGUUACAUAUGUUGAAGGAUGACAGACUUGCUCAACAUGUACCCACAUUACAUCCUACAUCUGAGGAGCUAUCAAUAGGCAGUAUGCGCUUCACCACAUUCGACCUGGGCGGUCAUCAGCAAGCCCGCCGGGUGUGGCGGGACUACUUCCCCGCGGUGGACGCCAUCGUCUUCCUGGUGGACGCGUGCGACCGCGCCCGCCUGCCCGAGUCCAAAACCGAGCUUGACUUGCUGCUCACCGACGAGACACUCAGUAACUGCCCCGUACUCAUACUGGGGAACAAAAUUGACAAGCCUGGUGCAGCAAGUGAAGACGAAUUGAGACAGUUCUUCAACCUCUAUCAACAGACUACUGGAAAGGGCAAAGUAUCGAGGUCUGAGCUACCAGGACGACCCCUAGAGUUGUUCAUGUGUUCUGUCCUCAAGAGACAAGGUUACGGUGAAGGUUUCCGCUGGCUUGCUCAGUAUAUUGACUGAAGCAACAAGUACACGCUAAUAGUCCAAUGCUUUCAAUAGCUCCACACUGAAUUGAUAAGAGAGGUUUUAACGGUUACAUAUCUAAGCAUCGGAGACAAACAUAAACUUACUAAAUAAUUUGACAUUGCCUUUGACUUAACUAUGAGGUUGUUGUACCUGAAGAUACUGUGUUAAUCAGUUGUUUAAAUAUGUAAUCUUCAUAUAAAAUAUUCUUCAGAUUGUUUUGUUCAAGUCUUGUGCAUACAAGCCCCCUAGUGUUCAUAGCUAAUAAACUCAUUACAAGCCAAUAUAUACAAUAUACCUAAUAUUAUUUUCCAAUUCAAAUUAUUAAUAAUAAUUUGAGACUAGGGGAAGUAAGAGUAAAGUAUACACAAAUGAAAAGCAUAAAUUGAUUUGUAAUGUUAUAUUGCUGUGAAACGUUGGAACGAUUGACAGUAGCAUUUCUCUGCUUACUGGUAAUGGCGGAGUAACAAAUGAUAUUGCAUAAAUAUAAAUAAUAUUAAAUUGUGUUAUUUUGAAUAUUUGCCAUGAUAUUAAUGUACUGCUUGGUUUUUAAAAUAUGUUAAAUGUACAAAAUGUUACGAACCAUUGCUUGUAAGUGGGGUUGAUGGAAAAUAUUGAUGUAUACUCUGUGCGUUGGAGUGACAGGCAUAACCAUGUCAUAUUAACUUAAAAUCGAAUAAUUUUAAAAUCACUUUUUGCAUCUACCAGCUCUGAGGCAUAGGCUUCAGACCGGAGAAGAACAGGAGCAAGAAACUCAGCAAGUUUCUUUUUUUUUAAAUAAAAUAUAUAUUGAAUAUACAGUUAAUAUUCUAAUUUCAUUAAAUUUUUCUCUUAAUGUUUCGUAUUAUAAUAUAAAGUCUGCAUCAGAAGGCAGUUCUCACUAGCACACGGCACUUCUUAUUGGUGUUUUUUGGACUGUCUGGUCGUGAAGCCACUAAGAUGGCGUGCUGUCACUGUCUCAACGCGCGGGGGUUAUAUUGUCAGUGAGAUGCUUUAGCUGUAAUUUAUUUGGGUUCUGUAUUCAAUAAUCCAAUUCGGUCAUGAUUAAGGUUAUAGUGCAUUGAUUAUUAUACUGUGUUCUAUUUUAUAUUUUAAAGUUAGUCAAUUUAAAUUUGCUGUCAUCUACGAGCAUAUGUGUGUAGCAUAUACAAGCCAGUUUAGCCAGGGCACACGAGGUCAAUUUUUAAAUCAAUACCCCAAAUCAAUCUCCCAAAAUACUCGUAGGUGGGAUCUCUCCAAUACUGCUCAUUCGUGUAUCACGAGUAGUGGCGAUAAUUUAUCACAGCUGCUGAAUUACAGAACCCUGGGCAAUCUUUCCACCAUGGGCUUUAUUAUUUAUCUAUGUAUAGUUUUUAAUUCAUCGAAAUAAUAUUGGUAGGAAUAUUCCACUGUCAUUUUUGGUUUUUGAAACCUGAAUUUGAAUCGUUUUUAGGUAAUGGUGCAAUUUUUAUUGCGAACUAUAUUUCUCAUCAAAUCGUACAUUGUUUCUAUUAGCUUUCCUUACUCUUAAUAUAGCUUGUGAAGUCGUCGAAGCGCGGUUGUUAUAUAUGUAUUUCCAAAUUAUGUACAAAAGAAAUGUAACCACUAUUAUGUUUAUAAAAAAAAUGGUGAUGGUUUAGACUCACAUUCGCUGGGACAUAAUGUGUUACAAAAUUGUGACAUUUUUAUUGGUUCUAGUGAGUAUGAAUAAAAAAUUUGUGAAUUUCCUGCUAAGAGUUGAAAUGGUAUUGUUUUAAGAUAUACCAUCGACAAAAUUGAUACGUGACCCACUUUGCCCAUAAUACUUUUAAAAUCAUAAAAACAGGUUUAUACAUUCACGAAAAAUUUAGGAAAUGGUAACAUUCUAACACCAAUAAGUUUAUACAUGUAUAUUUAAAUACUUGUGUGUAUUUUUAAAUCAUUUUCUAAUUCUACUAACAGCUUGUAUGUUUUGUUUCAGAACUUUAUAUAAAAUUAUAAACUGUUGUAUAUAAACUGAUCAUUACCGUUAAAACUGGAAUGCUCUUCAAGACCUUUACUCAUUACUUGGUAGCCUACCUCAUCCGGACACUGGCUCAAUUGUUGUGGUGAUCUUUCCACAAAAGCCACAAUAUAAAUAAUUUAAUAGAAUACUUAGUAAAUGUAUGUUCAAGCGAAUUUCAACCAACUUGUUUAUUAUGACUUUAUUAAAAUGACAUUAAGGUGGGUUACAAUUCAAUUUACGGCCGUUCCUAAUAUUCAGUCUAUCUCUUACUUGAGAUAAAAGUCGUAGCUAUCGUUGACUUUUCUGUCACAAUAAACUUAUCGACGGUAACUCACCUUAUCCGUACACGCUGUCUGUCAAUGGGACGAUGUAUAGCUUACCAGCGAUAGAAGUUUGUAUGGAAAUUUCAAUCCACGUACCCCAAUAUAAGGCGAUAACAAUGACUUAUCGGGUAUAUUCAGCUUCAGAUUAUUGACAGCUAAUUACUGACAGUAGAAGGUAGGUAUCUGUAGAUAAUAUUUGGGAACGGCCGUUAGUCGAUAGGACCUAUUUAUGCUUCUUAAUAAAUUUUACGCGGGAGUUAAUACUGUUCUUUGACAAGUAUAAAUCGCGUGACAAUAAAUAAGAUCAAAGAGGAUGUAUAUACUUCGUAAUAAUUGAAAUUGAGUUUAGUAUGAAACAAUAUAAUACAAAACAAUCAAAUAGUAAAUAUAUUAUAAGGCGACGGAAUAUAAUCCGGCUAAGUUUGAAAGCGAACAGAUGCUUAAAACGUUGUGGAUUUCGGCUCUCUCCGUUUUUUGCAAAAUGAAACUGCACGUUUCAUACAAUCGAGUGAAUCGCUUUUUGCUUAGAGAGUGUCGCUAGGCUGAAUAAGAUUGCAUAAGUGGACACGACAGAAGUGAACACUUCAUAAAGGCGAGGUUAAUAAUACCCGAUAAAAUUACUACGCUCAGCGAGCGAGUUUCUUUUAGUCGACAUUACUCUAACGAGUGUUACAUAACGGUCGUAAAGAAAUUUUCACUUCAACAGAUGCUCACUCAACAUUCUCUAUGAAGAGUCGUCGGUGGGCCUGCCAAAACGGAUACAAUGUUAACCUACUAACCGUUUCAGUUAAAGUUCCUUAUUAAAUGUUUCAUUUUAAAACACUUUUGAAGUUAUACGUCUUAUGGCGCGUUAGGGAAAAAUUAUCAGAGUGAACUUUUAAGAUGCGCGCGCGCGUGAUGGUUUAUCACGCAAAUACGAAACCCUGACGACUAGACCAUUUCUAUCAUAAUUCAGACUAAAUUAUGCGGUAUAACAAUAUUUUCAUUGGUUGUAUUUUAAUACCUUCUUUAGUAUAAUAUUGUUUUUUCUACAAACGUAAAUAGCGCGAGGAUUAAAUUUUUUAAGGAUUUUUGUUUUGUUACGCUAAAGGACUUUUUUUAACCAAUGAAUUUCAAAAGGAGGAACACAAUAUUAUAUUUUGAGAUGUAUGUAACAGCUGAGGUUCAACACUUAUCUUGUAAAUACGAUUAGUAUGAAAUUCACAGGCCACGUUUGGCAAGCGCAAAACGACAUGCAAUAGUCAUGUCCUAGUGACGCCCUGUACACACGUAAGUCGGUGUUGACUCCUAGUGUGAUAUAGAUAGCACAAACACACCACAUUGCUCUGAGGUCAUCGAGUUUUUAACAUUAGUGUUAUGAGAGCGGCGACUUUCGUACGUAGUAUAUAUAAUAAAAGAUUAGACAACUAGUAACAUGAUAAAAAUGCAAAAGUGAACAUGACAUGUUGGUUACAGUUCGAUUGUGCGUAAGUUUACGAUAAUUUUCAACAUGAAAUACAGAAGUAUCCUAAUUCACAUUACUAACGCUAUUUAUAAAUUGUAUCUCAUUCCAAUCGAGUGAUAAUCCUAAUAGCAAAUAUUUAGGUUUCAUUGUGUUAUAUGAUUGUAUAAUAACUCCAUUAUCAACUAUUUUUGUGAUUUCUAUUUAUUUGUUCUCUGAAGCGGCUGGUCAUAAUAUAAUAUCUCAAAUAUUUUUAAAUGCACUUAAUAGCACUAGGAAAAUACAAAGAUUGUGAAAACUUCAAAAUUGUACAUUUUGCACUCCUCGUACUGUUUAUACUGCCCAUCACAAGACCUGUAAAUGUGAGAUGUUUUCUUACAAGCGAAAACGCCAAAUAUUUGUAAUGCAAAUCUUUAUUUCGUUUUAGAAUCCGCUAGACGCUGUAUAUUUUUUGUACAAAUAUUUGACGUUUCUCAUCAGCGUUUAAAUAUUAGUUGUUAGAAAAUGGAUCAUUUGGAAGUAAAAUCAGACCGCGAAAUGACCGUGUUGGUCGGACGAGCCGUUUCCCACAGACUGUUGCUGGACUAGACGCUCUACAGAUUCACUUGGAUUGUUCAUCGGUAUAUUAUUUUUAUAUUAUAAGUUCAAAAAAUGUUUGUAAUAAAAUUUAUAUCAAACACA